AUGGAUGGAUGGAUGGAUUCAAUCACAAGCUGCUCUUUAAUCAUCAAGCGGCAGAUCUAUUUCAUUAAAUCGUCAUAAUUUAUUUGUUUUUUUCCUCUUAAUUUUAAUGCGAUAAUCGACCAGAAAAAAAACAGUACAGAAGCUAUUCAUUUUCACAUCAUCAUCAUCAUCAUCCAUUACCAUUGUUGUUACAUAUGGUAAAUAUUUUCUCCUCGAAAAAACUCGAAAUUUUCAUCUGUCAAUUUGAUUCAGAAACUGACCACCAUCAUCACCGAAAAUGGGUUCAUUAAUGCGAUCAGAAGAAAUGAAAUUCUGUCAGAUGUUAUUACAAUCUGAAACAGCUUAUAAUUGUAUAUCUGAAUUGGGUGAACUUGGCCUCUGUCAAUUUCGUGAUGUUAAUCCAAAUGUAAAUGCUUUUCAACGAAAAUUUGUUAAUGAAAUUCGUCGUUGUGAUGAAAUGGAACGUAAAUUACGUUACCUGGAGAAAGAGAUACGUAAAGAUGGCAUUGAAAUAUUGAUGAUUGGUGAUCCACCGGAGGCACCGCAACCACGUGAAAUGAUUGAUUUAGAAGCAACAUUUGAAAAAUUGGAAAAUGAAUUGAAAGAAGUGAAUGCAAAUGCAGAAGCAUUGAAGAAAACAUUUCUGGAAUUGACCGAAUUGAAACAUAUUCUCAAACAAACACAACAAUUUUUCGAUGAGGUUGAUCAAAUGCAGAUGCAUGAUACAAGUAUGGGCGAUGAUAAUAUCCAUCUAUUGGGCGAUGAAGGAUUACGUGCCGGUGGACAAGGACCAUUAAAACUUGGAUUUGUUGCCGGUGUUAUACUACGAGAACGUAUACCUGGAUUCGAGCGAAUGUUGUGGCGUACAUGUCAUGGAAAUGUUUUCCUAAAACAAGCAUCAAUCGAUACACCAUUGGAAGAUCCAUAUACUGGUGAUAAUGUUUAUAAAUCGGUGUUUAUCAUCUUUUUCCAAGGUGAACAAUUGCAGACUAAAGUGAAGAAAAUAUGUGAAGGUUUCCGUGCAACAUUAUAUCCAUGCCCGGAACGUGUAACUGAUCGUCGUGAAAUGAUUACAGGUGUCAUGUCACGUAUCGAAGAUCUCAAUACUGUGCUAUCACAAACACAAGAACAUCGUUAUCGUGUUCUAAUGGCUGCUGCUAAAAAUGUUCGUAAUUGGUUUAUAAAAGUACGAAAAAUCAAAGCUAUCUAUUAUAUAUUGAAUAUCUGUAAUCUUGAUGUGACAACCAAAUGUUUGAUCGCUGAAUGUUGGGUACCAACAUCGGAUUUUGAACGUGUUUGUCAAGCUGUUCAUAAUGGUUGUUCACGAUCUGGAUCUACAAUUCCACCAGUUAUAUCACCAAUGGAACCAAAAGAAACGCCACCAACCUAUAAUCGAACCAAUAAGGUUACUAGUGGAUUUCAGAAUAUUGUCGAUUCAUAUGGUGUAGCUACAUAUCGUGAAAUUAAUCCAACACCAUUCACAAUAAUAACAUUUCCAUUUUUAUUUGCCGUUAUGUUUGGUGAUGCUGGUCAUGGCUUGUUAAUGGCAGUAUUUGCUGCAUGGAUGGUAUUGAAAGAACGUAAUCUUCAAUUACAAAAAAAUCCAAAUGAAAUAUGGCUAAUGUUUUUCAAUGGGCGUUAUAUGAUUUUAUUGAUGGGAUUAUUUUCCAUUUACACUGGUCUCAUGUAUAAUGAUAUCUUUUCCAAAUCAAUCAAUAUAUUUGGUUCAUCAUGGAAGGUGAAUAAGAUUAAAAAUCUCAAGGAUCCUUAUAUAUCAUUGGAUCCAGAAAAUAAAACAAGUACAUAUCUAUUUGGUAUUGAUCCGGUUUGGCAAUUGGCAUCGAAUAAAAUUCUCUUCCUGAAUUCAUACAAAAUGAAACUAUCGGUCAUAAUGGGAGUGGCACAAAUGUUUUUCGGUGUUCUACUAAGCUAUUUUAAUCAUCGAUUUUUCGCAAAACAAUUGAACGUAUUGUGUGAAUUUAUUCCACAAGUUAUAUUUAUGUUGAGCAUAUUUGGCUAUAUGAAUCUAUUGAUCUUUGUUAAAUGGAUGAAAUAUGAUCAUUCAAAAGCUAGUGAUGCACCAUCCAUAUUGAUCAAUAUGAUCAAUAUGUUUCUAAUGAAAUAUGUGGAUGAGGAUGAUAAAACGCAGCCAAUUUAUCUAAAAACAUGGUAUAGUGGACAACGAUUCUUUCAAACAAUAUUAUUAUUAUCAGCAUUGAUGUGUGUACCAUGGAUGUUGGCAAUAAAACCAUAUUUAUUGAAGAAACAAAAUGAUUUAAAAUUACGUUAUCAUCCACCUGGUGAUCAAAUUAUUGCGCAAACAAAUGGUGAAACUGUAGCUGUACAAAUGGAAAAUGGACCGGCUAAAUCAUCUGGUGGUGGUCAUCAUGGUGGUGGUGGUAGUCAUGAUGAAACGUUUGAUAUGGGUGAAAUUGUUGUUCAUCAAGCUAUACAUACGAUUGAAUAUUGUUUAGGUGCUAUAUCGCAUACUGCUUCGUAUCUACGAUUAUGGGCACUUUCAUUGGCUCAUGCACAACUUAGUGAAGUACUAUGGUCAAUGGUAUUUCGUAUAGGUCUACAAGGUGAAGGCAUUAGUGGUGGUAUAUUCAUGUUUGUCGUAUUUGCAUUCUGGGCAUCAUUAACCGUUUCCGUACUAUUGGUUAUGGAAGGUUUAAGUGCAUUUUUGCAUGCAUUACGUUUACAUUGGAUUGAAUUUCAAAGUAAAUUCUACACUGGUACUGGCUAUGCUUUUUCACCAUUUUCAUUCAAAGAAAUUUUACUGAAUCCAACAGAAAGUGGUGAUACUAUCUAUAAUUGAUUGAAUGAAUAUCAUCAUCUAUCUAUAACAACAACGUUGUUGUUGUUGUUGUUGUUGUUGUCGUCGAAAAUUGAAUGAAUUUUACUAAUAAUAGCAAAAUAAUACUCUCACUCCACACGGGUCGAGUAAUAAUAAUACACAAGUGAAAGAAUAUUUAUCUAAAAAAAAAAUUUGAUUUUUUUUGUCUGUUUAUUUGUUUGUUUGUUUAAUGUUUGAUUCACACCAUAAUUCAAGUAGCUUUAAAAUUGUCUAAUAAUAAUCUGAGAAACAAAAAAAAAUGAAUUUC